AUGGAAUUCAACUCGCCCCAGCCGGAACACGCGCAAUUGGGCGUCGUGCUCCACCCCAAGGCCGCGUCCGGGCUUCUGGCCGCGCUCCACCAGCAGGUCCUGUCCGCGACGCAGCGUGGCGACAAAGCCAGCCUCGACAGCGUGCUGGACGAGCAACUCAUCCCUUCGCCUCCGCUGUCUCCCAAAAUGACCGCAGAUUGCGACAUCGUGGCGCCCUUGGCGCUCUCGCCGCCGGAAUCUGCGGCGCACGCGAUUCUCGUCAAGCCUCUGUGCGACCCGCAUACUUCGCCCCGGCGCUAUCGCUCUGCGACGCAUGGCUUUUUGUCCCAGUACCGCUGCCUAGAUCUCAACCGCUCCAACAAACGCUACACUCACGCCUCCAACAAGACUUUGCGCCGCACCCGCAACUACACACUGUCCCCGGCCAUGAACUCCGGGAACUCGGAUUUUGAAAGAACAUACCGCACGCGGCGUGUUACUGGUGGUAAUAGUGGUGCUGGAGGUGUGAGCAACGGUGCUCGUCACCAGCAUUCGAGGCCCCGCCCUCUCGAGUUUUCGCGCGAUUCCACGCCGAUUCCAAGACCUUCGACUCCCACGAGUCGGCAUCGCAAAACCACCACUGUUUCAUCUCCAUUGGCCUCUGCGGCUGCUGUUUCUGCUCCCAAUAUGAGCUGGGAAAAGCUACCCGACUACAGCCCCCCAUUGUCCUCGCUACCUAACAACAAUAAGUGUCUGAAAGUUGAAUGGAAAGGAUCCUCGAUGGACCUUUCAGAUGAUCCUUUGAAGCAGUUUUUACACCCAGCUGAAUUGCAACUGGCACAAAUCUUAAGAUUACCUUGUGAUCUUUACCUCGACUCGAAGAGAAGGCUGUUCUUGGAGAAAAUGCAUAGAAUGAAACAAAAUUUGGCCUUCAGAAGAACGGACGCUCAAAAAGCUUGUCGGAUAGACGUGAACAAAGCUUCUCGGCUUUUUGCAGCUUACGAGAGAAUUGGUUGGUUACAAGACGAUAAAUUUGAAAAGUUUUUGUGA